AAGCUGCGGCUCUUAAUUAGAAACUGUCAUAUUGACAUUCACGAUUCAAGGUAUUCUCGCCAAAAAUACGCAUAUUUGGAUAGUUUUAUUUUUCUGUGCAGAAGGGUAGUUAGGUUGUUUCCAGGUCAAAACGAGGAUUUAGGUUUAUUUAGAUAGAAGGAACUUUUUAGAAAGGAACUAGCUGGAAAAAAAUCAAGGUGAAACAAUAGGUGAAAACGUUUUCCAUAAGACAACAUUUUGUCUUUUCACGUUUAGUCAAGUAAAUACAUAGUCAUGUUUUGGAAUCCUGACCACUCCGAUGACGAUGAUGACAUUGGACAAGAAAUUGGUUUCAGUGGUCGAGAGGGUAUUUUAGCGUUAAUUGACUGUGCAAACUACAUGUUUUCUGAAAACCCGGAUGGAUCGAAUAACUUCAAAGUAACGUUAGAAUUGGUAGAAGCUAUGAUGAGAAACAAAGUAAUCAACAGCGAGAAGGAUUUGAUCGGGGUUGUGUUUUACAACACAAAACAUAGUCUGCAACCUGUAGAUGAAAUCGAAUGUGCAGCCGGAUUGAUCGUUCCAAAAAAUACAUCCCUUUUUAUGCCUCUAAGUAAUCCCUCUGCAGAAUCAAUUAAAAAUAUAAUUGACUUGCGAGGAUCUGAAGACUUUAUGGAUUUUAAACGUAAAUAUGGGCAUUCAGAAGAAAGUAACAUGUCGGAUGUAUUAUGGUUUUGUUCGCGUAUUUUUACCAGAUGUGGAUAUAAGUUAGAACAGUCAAGUAUAGUUUUAUUUACAGUAAAUGAUGAACCACAUGCUGCAGGUAGUUACGAAUACCAACAAACUUUCAUUAAAGCCAAAGAUUUACAACAACUUGACGUGAACCUUAUUCUUGUUCCUUUGUCUAGUGAUUUCAACGAUCGCAAAUUCUAUCGGGAAUUUUUAUGCACAGUUGCAAACGAAAAUCCAAAUGAGUUUCAUUUUCCUUGCUAUCAGGAUUCUCGAGAACGUCUAUUAAAUAGAAUUUUUCGACGUGAUUUUAAGAAAAAGGCAUUGUCACACUUAAAGCUGCAAAUAUCAGAAACUAUUGAAGUUGGUGUCAAUUUAUAUUCGCUUUCGAGAAAAACACGCUAUCCAAAAAGAGUUAUGCUUUUAAGAGAUACUAAUGAACUAGUUGCCUCGAAAAAGUCCUAUCAAACCGUAUCAAAGGAAGAUUGCAGCCCAACAUACAAACCUCUUUUGCCAGGUGAUCAAAGAAAAACAUUGGCCACAGGAGGUGUAAAAGUUACAUUCACUGUCGAUGAAGUCGUGAGUAUGAAGCAAAUUUUUCAACCAGGACUACGAUUGUUGGGUUUUAAACCACUUUCAAAAGUGUCACCAUUAAAUCACAUACGCAGCUCCUUAUUUAUGUAUCCAGAUGAGAACAAUAUAGAUGGUUCUAGCGUUUUGUUUCGAGCCCUUUACGAAAGAUGCCUUGCUAAACAGAAAGCCAUCCUGUGUUUGUUGACAAUGCGCCGAAAACAACAUUCGAAAUUAGUAGCAUUGAUUCCCCAACAAAAUUGCGUUGACGAUGAUGGCGAGCCAUUUCGUCACAGCGGAUUUAGAAUUGAGUUUAUUCCUUAUGCAGCUGAUAUUAGGAAAUUGGAAGCAUUCGAGCGGUCUACUCCAGAUAUAAGCGAAGAGCAAGUCGACGUGUUCAAAGCAAUUGCGAAAAAAAUUCGUUUUAAAUAUAACCCUGCGCAAUUUGAGAAUCCAGUUCUUUCGACAAUGUAUACAAAUAUAGAGGCGUUGCUUUUCGAUAGAGUCAACCAUGUAGAAUACGAUUCCACAAAGCCUGAUGAUGAUAGAAUUGAUGCAAAAGUUGGAUGUUUCGUUUCUAUUUUGCAGGAUAUGUUCGGAGAAGAUAUAGUCAAUGCUCCGAAGAAACGUAUCAAAGUAACUAGUGAAGAGGGAUCAAAUUCAAAAAAGCCUAGAACCAUAGCGGAUGUAAACUCUACCUCAAUUCACGACGCAAUUCGAAAUGGAAAGACUGGAUCACUAUCGGUUGCAAUUCUUCGUGCCUACUUGCAACAGGAAGGUGUAGAAGGUAUUUCUAAAUUGAAUAAAGCGGCCCUCAUAGAGAAGUUGAAAGAAUACUAUAAAUGAAAACUCCUCGUUAAAUAGUGUUGUAAUUGAAAACAAUACGUGUUUAUUUGUAAACUUUGUUUAUGUUUCACUACGAACAACUAUUACGUUUUUUUAAUA